CCCAGUUACCGUGGGGAUACAGCCGCCGGCGGACGCGGAGGGCGGCGGCGGCAGCAGCAGCAAACCGCCGCUUUGGCAGAAGAGGAAUCCGGGAUGGCCGGCGGCGGCGGCGGCGGGAAUCGCCUGGACCUCCCCGUGGUGGACCUCGCGUCCUCCGACCCCCGAGCCGCCGCCGAGUCCAUCCGAAAGGCGUGCGUGGAGUCCGGAUUCUUCUACGUGGUCAACCAUGGGGUGGAGGAGGGAUUGCUGAAGAGGUUGUUCGCGGAGAGCUCGAAGUUCUUCGAGCUGCCGAUGGAGGAGAAGAUAGCGCUGCGGAGGAACAGCAACCACCGGGGAUACACCCCGCCCUACGCCGAGAAGCUCGAUCCCUCGUCCAAAUUCGAAGGAGACCUCAAGGAAAGUUUCUAUAUUGGGCCUAUUGGAGAUGAAGGUUUGCAGAAUGAUGCUAACCAGUGGCCUUCUGAAGAGCGCUUACCAAGUCGGAGGGAGACAAUUAAGAUGUACCAUGCAAGUGCACUGUCUACUGGCAAAAGGAUACUCUCUCUAAUCGCUCUGAGUUUGAAUCUUGACGCUGAAUUCUUUGAGAACAUUGGUGCCUUCAGCUGCCCAUCAGCAUUUCUUCGAUUAUUGCACUACCCAGGUCAACUUAUUUCAUGCUCCUGUGAAGUAGACGACUCUGAUGAUGGCAAUUAUGGUGCAUCAGCUCACUCUGAUUAUGGAAUGAUAACCCUCCUAGCAACAGACGGCACUCCUGGGCUACAGAUAUGCAGGGAAAAGAAUAGGAAUCCCCAGCUCUGGGAAGAUGUUCAUCACAUUGAUGGGGCCCUGAUUGUUAACAUUGGCGAUUUGCUAGAAAGGUGGACGAAUUGUAUUUACAGGUCUACAGUGCACCGUGUUGUUGCAGUUGGUAAAGAGCGAUAUUCUGCGGCUUUUUUUCUUGACCCAAACCCUGAUUUAGUGGUUCAGUGUUUGGAAAGCUGUUGCAGCGAGUCAUGCCCACCGAGGUUCUCACCUAUAAAGAGUGGCGACUAUUUGAAAGAGCGAUUGAGCGCUACAUACAAAUAGUCCUAUGCUUUUUCAUGUGUAAGGCUUAACAUAAGGUAAAAGGAGGCUAACAUGUGCUACACGGCCGGCCAUCGUUCUCCAUUGUCCAUUUUUCUUCUGCGUUUAGACAUCACAGUAGUCCAGAAGGUUGUUUGUGUUGUUUUACUGUAACGCUGUAAAGAAAAAGUCUGCAGUGAUGUGCUAUGCUUGAUUUCUCUCUCCACUGCUCGACACCAACCUGAACUUUUUAUUGUUUGUCGUUCAAAAAAAAAACUUUUUAUUGUCACCUGCGAGCUGACUGGUGUUUGGACUAGUAUUCUUGUUGACUUGGUAAAGAAACUCCAGUUUGAUCCUGGGAGGCAAGUGAUUCCCCAUCUCCA